UCUCCAAAGCGCAGCCUCAGGGCAAAAGGUUAACCGCCUGUCCCCUUCCUCCCCGGGCUUCGAGCUCCCUCAAGAGCCAGCUAGGAACCUUUCGUCGCUGGUACAGGGGCUGUCGGCGGGGCGGAAACAGAAACACCUGAGGCUUCCGGUGGGGCUGGUGCCUUUGCGCGGGGGACCGCAAGAGAAGGUGACCCCUUCCCCGGGGGCGGAGUUCCGCUGGCGCCUCUCAGCUGCGAGAGAUGCCUGCGCUGCGAGGAGCCGGCGCUGCCCUCUCGAGCGCGGCUGGCUCCUUCUUCCGCCGGCUCGCCUCCCCCCAGAUUAGGAUCCGUUCAACUGCUUCAGCAUCUUCAGUCCGGCCAGUGAUCGCAGCCAAACAACCCUUUCAGGUGGACUUAGCAGCAGGGAAGCAUUAUGCAUGGUGUGCCUGUGGUCACAGCCAAAAGCAGCCAUUCUGUGAUGGGUCCCAUAAUAGAUGUGCCCCGGAAAUCUCUCCCCUGAGAUUCAAACUGGAGGAGGCAAAAGAGGCCUGGCUUUGUGGCUGCAAAUACACCAAGAACCCUCCAUACUGUGAUGGCACCCACAAGGAAGAUUUUGUGCAGAAAGCUGAUCUCCAUUCCCACCCACAGUUGUGCUGAAGGAAGGAGAACUUCAUAUAUAGAGUUUCAUAUACAGUACAGAAACCGACUGGACGAAUCAAGCAUGCGGUACAUGUAUGUUUCAAUGGCUGGGAAUUUGCCGCUUUCUGUCCCUCCACCCCCAUUUCUUUAUUUUUAAUUAAACUUUUUUUGAAAAUAGAAAUUAAAUAUUUUUGUUUCUUUAUUCUGAAUACCUUUGAGAUUCCACCCCUACCCAGGCAUGCAGUGACCUCCCUCUUCUUGGGUGGUGCCAUUUUAGUUAUAUCAUGCUUGGCACUCACCACUAGAUUUGAGAAACAGAGGGAAUGUCUAGGUUUGUUCCAUAGCUAAAUUUGCUUGCAUGAGCAUAAUGGGGUUGGCUGGCAUCAAAGUCCACAGGGCUUGCUGCCCAAAGGCACAGCCUUCGAUGCCCUUAGAACAGUUCUGCCACUCGGCGGAAUGCCAGCUUUCUAGGCGUCAUCUCUGUUGCUUAAGAAGCCAACCCUGUCAGCAAUUCAGUGUUCCAGCCACAUCAGGUACAAAGACCUGUGCAGAAGGGGACAGUCAGAUAUCAUCAUGCCAGGCUGCUUUCUGGCAGUCAAUCCUAGCUACUUGUUUUAACUGCUUAGUGACAUCUUGUUGGCAUCUGGCUGUCCCAGGAGAAUGAGUGUGUCUUUAGGAGUGAAGUCAAACUGCUGGAAGGUUACAGUGCCUGUUAUAGCUGUAGAGACCGAUAUGGGAGAGACUUGUUUUGUUGCAGCUGGGGCAGAUGAAGGCAUCCAGUUGCGCUGCUGCAAAUGCACCAUGACAUUUCUUCUGUGUUCCUACCAGCUGUCAUUCCUCCUAUGCUCAUUGCAGACAUCUUUAUAUUCUCUCAGUCCUAGGAGUAAGGCAGAUGUAGGGAACCUUCACCCCUCCAGCUGUUGCUGAACUGUAACUCCCAUCCUCCCUGGCCAUUGCCACUCUUGACUGGGCCUGAUGGGAGUUAUAGGUCUUAUUAUUGCUUAUUAAAUUUGUUCAGCAACAUCUAGAGCAGGCAUCCCCAAACUGCGGCCCUCCAGAUGUUUUGGCCUACAACUCCCAUGAUCCCUAGCUAACAGGACCAGUGGUCGGGGAAGAUGGAAAUUGUAGUCCAAAACAUCUGGGGAUGCCUGAUUUAGAGGGACAAAGGUUCCCCACCCCUGGAGCAAGGGAUUCCAAUGGAAUUUGAGUUUCUUCAACUUAUUAGAAAUUUUAAGUGCUUCUCAUAUUCUCAGUAUUCUUUUCCAGUUCUUAAUGCAGUAACAAACUUGCAUGUGUUUACAGGAUAGUCAAAGGGCAUCAAGGCUGAGGAAGAAAACAGGAAAAGGGCAAGAGCUCUUCUGUCAUCGAGAUUUUUGUACGGUUACUCAGCUUCCUGGUCAGCUCACACAUUCCAGUAUGUUCCCACUGUGUGCUAAUGCAGGAAGCAAAGCUCACGUCCCUGCUGCUCCUUGACCCACUUCCCAGAAGCUUGCUUUUCCCAGGAGCUUUUGACCUAUCCUAGAACUGUUCCUCACAGAGCCUUGGAGAACCUGUGUUGUAUCAGGAAGGCUUAGGAUGAAAAAACAUUCCAGUGGUUGUACUAAAAGGUUUUCAGAAAGUAAAAGAAGAAUUGGGGCUUGGGAAGUAUUGUAAGUAUUCAAGUUUUAUUGGCAUUUAAAAUAAAAUAAAUAAAGCAGCACG